UUCAAUUGCAGUGCCGCCAUGUCCGCGGCGGUUGAGUACAACUGGAAUGUCGAGUACAAGAAGGACAAGCGGCUCAAGGAGAUGAAGGAUGCAUGCUACCAGAUGCUCACACGUUUGAAGAUCGCAGAGACCUCCGCGAAGGAAGCCUCCGCGCGACCGAAGAAGACGGUGCCCGUGGUGCCAUACAAUCUCGACUCGUCCUCUUCCAACACUGACUCGGAUGGACGAAACAAAUCGUUCUCGAAUCCCAUGGACGAGAUGAGCGAAUACGAAAACGAUGGCAGCGAUCGAGGUCCACGGGCGGCCUCUGUCACCGUCGACCUCUCCGACCGCGAUGAAGACAACGAAGACGAAGAUGACUCGGACACUCCUUGUGUCGUGUGCAAACGCAACGACAACGACAUGGAGAGUAUGUUCUGCGAAACCUGCGACGACCUCUACCACACGUAUUGUGCUGGAAUCUACCAAGUGCCCGAAGGUCCGUUCUAUUGCCCCCCAUGUUCCAAGAAGACGGCGGCUGUUCUGCUUCAACGCUUUAUGGCGGCGUCUCCGUCGGACUUGAACGACAUGCUCGUGCACGUGGCUUCGUGCCCGAGCAUGGAAGAGCCGUGCGUACACCCAACGCACAAGGACCACUGCUCGUUCGUGAAAAACUUACUCCGAUGCGCCGCGAUGCUCAGUGUGCAGCUCCAAGGCACCAAGGUGGCGUCGCAACUCGCGUUGGCCCUCGGCUACCACGCCGCCCACUGCCACGGAGCGCACUUCUGCCACGUCCCGCACUGCAACGACGCUAACCGACGCAAACACGUGCACCCGGGCGUGCAGCCGCUCAACCUGGACGAAGACGAAGAAGGCGACGAUUAAACCAUAUAACCCCUUGAAUAUCUAGCCUCGUAAGAACAGCAAAAAAUGACUACUAUUUUGAUGAUAGUAGAGAGGUUUCGCAA